AUGGAGGAAAGUCUUCGCUGCAAGUACACGUACAAGCCGUGCUUGAACCCGCGCACGACCAAGAAGAACGGCGACCUCCACAUGCUCUGCGACUACCACCGCGACAAGGCCAACGAGGUCCAAAAAACCCACGCCAAGAAGCGCAAGAUGCGGCGCGCCCUUGAGAACGCGUCGCCGCAGCUGGCGCCGACGAGCUUGACGAUGGAUGCAAUUGAAUUGGCCUACCUCGAAGCCAUCCUGAACGCGCACGAGGCACCGUCGACGACAGCAACAUCGUCGACAUCGACGACGCACUUGACGGACGAAGAAUAUGCCAUCCUAUUUGAACUAUUUUGA